CAGACGGUCACCACGUGGUGCAGGGGUUGCUGUGCUCCCCGACAGAGGAGGCAGCGGGCUCUGCUGCCGUCACGGGCGGAUAAGGGGCGGGUGGUCAGCGUCUCGGGUGGACUGCGGGCCCAGCGCUCCUCGCAGAGCCGGGAGGCCAGCCCUCCGCCCGUGCUGACUGUUCUUCUCUCCGGAGGGAAGCGGAGACCAUGUCGGACGCGGAGGAGGCGGUGGACAAGUCCGAGGGGGAGCAGGAAGGUAAGCGCGUGCCCCACGCUCACUGCGCAGGACAGCCUGCUUUGAAACUGAUGGUCUCUUCUCUCCUCUCUUGUGGCCGUGUCUCAUCCCCGGAGCAGAAGGAACCAUGGAAGAACAGGAGGAGGAAGUGGAAGAAGAGGCUGGAGGCGGGACUGACGUGGAGGAGACCAACACAGAAGAAGGUGGAGAAGACGAAGAUAAAGAGGCUGAAGAUGGCCCAGUGGAGGAGUCCAAGCCCAAGCCCAGGCCGUUCAUGCCCAACCUGGUGCCGCCCAAGAUCCCCGACGGAGAGAGAGUGGACUUUGACGACAUCCACCGGAAGCGCAUGGAGAAGGACCUGAACGAGUUGCAGACGCUGAUUGAGGCGCAUUUCGAGAACCGCAAGAAAGAGGAACAGGAGCUGAUCUCCCUCAAAGACAGGAUCGAGGAACGGCGGGCAGAACGGGCGGAGCAGCAGCGGAUCCGGGCGCAGCGAGACAGAGAGCGGCAGAGCCGCCUGGCCGAGGAGAGGGCCCGCCGAGAGGAGGAGGAGAGCCGGAGGAAAGCUGAGGAUGAGGCCCGGAAGAAGAAGGCUCUGUCUAACAUGAUGCAUUUUGGAGGCUACAUCCAGAAGACGGAGCGUAAAACUGGCAAGAGGCAGACGGAGCGGGAGAAGAAGAAGAAGAUUCUGGCCGAGAGGAGGAAAGUGCUGGCCAUCGAUCACCUGAACGAAGACCAGCUGAGGGAGAAGGCCAAGGAGCUGCGGCAGACCAUCUACGACCUGGAAGCGGAGAAGUUCGACCUGCAGGAGAAGUUCAAGCAGCAGAAAUACGAGAUCAACGUUCUCCGCAACAGGAUCAAUGACAACCAGAAAGUCUCCAAGACCCGCGGGAAGGCCAAAGUCACCGGGCGCUGGAAGUAGAGCCGCAGCUGCCUUCUCCCGGGAUCUGCGCCUCGCGGUGUCCCCGCCCUGCACACCCCCGGCUCCCGGGGUCCCCCAGCACUGGAGGCCCGCUCCCGCCGCAGACCAGGAGCUGGCCCAGCCGGAAGCCGCACUCGUGCCCGACCACGCCCCCACGCCCCCACGCCCACACGCCCACCCUAGCCAGUAAUAAAGGCCACCACGCACCCACG